ACUGAAAAACAGAGAAAGGAAAUGUUCAAAACGUUUGCAAAACUCGGAUGGCAAACAGUGGACAGGAUGAAACGUUCACAUGAUUGUCAUUUCGCAGACCGUUUCUCCCCCACUGCUGAUUCGUUCCGAACUCCAUUGUUCGUGUGCUAUGACGUAUGCUGUUAAUAAAGUUUUUCAAGUUUGAAUCAGACUGCUGCAGGAAAACACAUCAUGAAGAUGGAGUAGAAAAGAAACUAAAAAAGCUCCCCGACAUAGGCUACAAGAGAUGUCGACCGAGGAUCCGAACGACACAAUACAUUCAUCAGUUUAGUUUUACACGGGUUUCAGAAUUGGCACCGACAAUGGAUUCUGCUUUGUUCCCUGAGGACAUCACUGAACAGAAGAAGAUCCGCAUCGUCGGAUCGGAGCUAGUGGAGAACUACACUGUUUACGUCAUUGAAGUGACAGUUGGGGAUCACAAGUGGACAAUAAAACAUCGUUACAGUGAUUUCCAUGAUCUCCAUGAAAAGCUCACUACAGAAAAGAAAAUUGACAAAAAUCUGCUACCACCCAAGAAGAUGAUCGGGAAAAAUUCCAAAAGCUUGGUGGAGAAACGACAAAAGGAACUAGAGGUCUACCUUCAAACGCUCCUUGUCAAAUUCCCUUUGGCUGCUCCCAAAGUCUUAUCCUGUUUUCUGCAUUUUCAUUUAUAUGAAAUCAAUGGGAUCACAGCUGCACUGGCAGAGGAACUGUUUCACAAAGGUGAGCAGCUGCUGCUUGUGGGAGAGGUGUACCUGCUGAGCCCGCUGCAGCUGUAUGCUGUAACCCAGCAGCUGAGACUGGCCAAACCCACCUGUGCUAACGGAGAUGCCACGGCAGACCUUGGACACAUUCUGGACUUCACCUGCAGGCUGAAAUAUCUUAAGAUUCCAGGCACAAGGGGAGUGGUUGGCACCAGCAACAUUCAGGAACACCUUCUCCCGUUUGACCUGUCAGUCUUCAAAUCUCUCCUUCAGAUUGAGAUCAGUCAGUGUGAUUCUAAACAAAUCGUAGGGCUUCCCUCUUUAAGAGCAACUCUGGCUACAAUGAGCAUUCAUUACUCUGCGGAAUCAAUGAAGGAUAUCCUGGUUCCAGAAUCUGCUGAGUUUGCCCAAUGGGAGGCAGAGGGAGUGGCCACUGACUGCCCCGUUACUGCCAUAAUUCCAACAUGGGGGACAUUGACUACCCUGGAUAUGAGCCACAAUCACAUAAACUGCAUUGAUGAGUCAGUGAAAUUAAUACCAAAGGUAGAAUUCCUAGACCUAAGUUACAAUGAACUUUCUCGGGUGGAAAACUUGCAGCAUCUGUAUAAUCUGAUUCAUUUGGAUCUGUCCUACAAUAAGCUCACUGUACUGGAGGGAGUUCACACAAAGCUUGGAAACAUCAAAACUCUCAACUUGGCUGGGAAUCAGCUGGAAAGUCUCUCUGGUCUUAAUAAACUUUACUCCCUUGUGAAUUUGGACUUGAGCAACAACAAACUGUCACAGUUUGAAGAGAUUAAACCGAUCGGGAUGUUGCCGUGUUUGGAAAAGCUGUCCCUCAUCAAGAACCCCCUGAGCAUCAUCCCGGAUUACCGAACGAAGGUUCUGGCGCAGUUCUGGGACCGGGCUUCAGAGGUCUGCCUAGACGGCACUGCCACGACCGAAAAGGAGCUGGACACGGUGGAGGUACUGAAAGCCAUACAGAAAGCCAAAGAAGCGAAGGACCGAAUGGCAAACAGUGAGAAGAAGAUCUGUACGGACUCCAGGCUCUCAGGUGGUGGAUCCCACUCACCCUCCUCCUCUCUCGCUGCUCCGCCCUCUUCUCCCCCUCUGUCCCACCCACCCAGCUCCAGCCAAGAAUUAAUAUGUACAGAAGAAGCCUUAGUUACCAGUAAAUUACUGACUCCUGUGGAUUCUGCAAUUACCCAGAGAUGCUACAAUUUACAAAAUGCUUCUUGUGAGGAAGCUUUACAGAUUCAGACACAACCACUUGCUUCCUGUUUGUCCCGGAAAAUCAGCAGUGAUCAGCAGCAGAUGAGCUGCUGUUGCUGUGCAGAGGACCGAGGUGCGUGGGCAGACUCUGGGGUCACCCCCGUGCUGCCCUUCUCCCUGGCGGCCUACACCACGGGCAACCUGGACUUCCUGGCGCAGCUGGCAGCCCUGGUGGGCAGGACGGCAUCGGAGGAGGAGGGGAAGGGUCCCCCGCAGCGGGAGCAGGCACACCGCGACGGGGGGAAGGAGGAACGGGGCAGCCAGAGCUCGGGGGACGGCUACUUUGAGAUGGGCCUCAGUCAGGGCGAGGAGGGCUCCGUCUGCUCCGCCUCCUCGGACGGCCCGCCGGAAGCCCCGGAGGACGCCGACGGCGGGGUGGAGGUCAUCCGCGUCGCCAGGGUGAUCUGGGCGCACUGCAUCCGGGUGGGGAAGGGCGUGGCGCAGGUGCCAGUCUGCGUGGCUCUGACAGACAGCCUGCUGGCGGCCUACCGCGUUCCAGACGGAGAGCUGCCCAGAAGCGCCCAGGACCUGGCGGGGAGCCUGGAGAGCGAAGUGCUCGCGCCGUACGCGGAGGUGGAGGACGUCCGCUUCGACGUUCCGGAGAUGUGCCUCUCGCUGAAGGUGAGGUCCAGCGAGACGCGGUGGUAUUUCCUCUCAGACUCCCAGAGUUUGAGCGAAAUGCGCUCCUCUCUCUCCGCGGCCUCGCCGGACCCCUCCCCUCCCCCGGCGGGCUGGCCGGCCACGCCCCAGCAGCUCCUCAGGCAGCUGCUGCCCUCCUGGGAGUUCAGUACUGAUGAGGAGAGCGACUGCAUGGUAAAAGGGGCCUUUUCCGCCCACCUCCUAGACCCUGCCAUGAUGGACUCCAUUACCCAGCAUGCCCCAGACGGCCUCCGAACGCACAAGGGCUCCCCGCGCUCGGACAUCCUGUCGCACGUAUGCGCCGCCGAGACGGAGAAGAGCAGGCCCCGCUGCCUCCCCUGCUUCCUGUUCCUCACACUGCGCCACCUCUGCGUCUUAAACCUGGACUUCGCCGCGCUGGCCAGGGAGCCUCCGGAGGACCCGCGGGCGCGGCCCGGCGCCAGGCUGACCCGCAUCCCGCUGGCGGCCGUGCUCCUGAGGCCCAAACGGGGCUGCCCUGGCGCCGCCUCGCUGCCGGGCCACUGGUUCCGCGACGGCCACGUCCUGGAGCUCAUGGCGGGCCAUGAGUUCGUCACGGCCGUCUUCCCUCUCCCUCACGACAAGUUCCUGUUCCUGAGGCUCCUGGGCCAGCUCCGCUCCAGCCUGAGGGACAUAAAGACCGUCGCCUUCCCGCAGGCGGGCCCCUGUCAUAGGAAGACAAACAGCCACCCGACCCCCUCCAAAGUUACCCAGAGGGAGCCGUUGAGCAGCGUUCCUCAGGGACUGCAGAGGCCUCAUUUAACCCUGUCCUUGCUGUACCCAGCCGAUCCCCUCAUCCAGAAGCUGUCCGACGAGAACCAGUGUCCGUCUCACCUGUCUGUCUCUCCCUCCCUGCACUUCCUUUCUGGCCUGAGGGGGAGCGACCUGGUGGAGUUUUUCUACAGCAACAUCGCUGAGGUGGAGAACGAGGAGCUGAAACACAUCCUCUGGUCCUCUGUGCUGUUUUACAAAUCUCCUGAAGUUGAGAUGACGGCCUGUAUCAUGCUCUCCACCAAAGCCAUUUACUUCAUCCUGGACGACACCGCGUCCACGCUCAGCGAUCAAGCGUUGCUGUGGAACUGGAAUCCUUCAAAUUACGAGGAGACAGACUUCAUCAUUUCCUACUGUUUCGCCAUGAAACUGAAUGAUCUGCAGAGUGUGAACGUUGGGCUGUUCGACCAGUACUUCAGAGUGGUUGGUCCGUCAGCAGAUCAUAUCAUCUCAUGUCUGACCCGCGACAGUUACGGAACACACCAUUUCCUGCAGCAGCUGAUGACUGUGUUAUCUUUACUGGAAAAACUGCCCUCCCCAGAGCCCUCCGAGCCAGAUUUCUACUCCCAGUUUGGCAACAAGAGCACAGGUAAAAUGGAGAACUACGAGCUGGUCCAUUCCAGCAAGGUGAAGUUUGUGUACCCCAGCGAGGAGGAGAUCGGGGACCUGACCUUCAUCGUGGCUGAGAGAAAGGGGGCGCCGGGUCACUCCCUAUCCUGCAACAUCCUGUUCUAUGUCCUGGCCUUCCAAGUGCAGAGUGACCUGGGGCUGGUCGCCAAGGAAACCCAGCAGCUCCUGCAGCCCAGGACCCUCAUCCUCACCAGCUCCGACAUCUUCCUCCUGGAGGAGGACUACAUCAGCUACCCGCUGCCCACCUUUGCCAAAGAGCCGCCUCAGAGGGACAAGUACCGCCUGACGGACGCCCGGCGCAUCCGCGACCUGGACCGGGUGCUGAUGGGAUACCAGACGUACCCGCAGGCGCUCACGCUCGUGUUCGACGACGUGCCCGGCCCGGACCUCCUGUGCCACCUGACCAUGGACCACUUUGCGGACGAGCGGGGCGGGGCAGAGAGGGCGCGGGGCGGGCCCGGCGGGGGCGGGGACCAGGGCGAGGUGCAGUGGUGUGUCUUCGUCCCCGGGGCGGACUGCAGGGAGCGGCUGAUAUCGCUGCUGGCUCGCCAGUGGGAGGCGCUGUGCAGCAGAGAGCUGCCUGUGGAGCUGACAGGCUGAGGGACCGCCCACAGAGCACACAGACGGCACACAGUACAGCAAAGCAAACAAAAGUUUUUCACUAGACUUCCAAAUUUUUUAUGUGACAUUUCCUCACAGUGCAUCCUGGGAUUUUUUUUUCUUUUUCUUUUUUUUUUUUUAAACAAAGAAUCCACAAGAGUUUGAUAUUUAUUGCUGUCUUUGGCUUCUUGAUAGCUUGCUGCUUCAUAUCUACGUAAUAUAUCGCUGCUGUGUACAAUCUGCAAUAUGUAAAUGAUUACAAGAGGGCAUGUUUUGUCUGUGUGUUACAUUGUAUUUCUGUAGACCAGCAUUAUUUUAGUCUGAAUGAAGUACACUUAUCUAUAUUUUGACUCAAGGAAGGUUGGUGUCUCAACCCUUAUUUUUUAUGUUAAAUUUUGUUUUUUUAAGGAAAAACAUCUGUGUUUGAAAAUGUUGUCAUCAGAACUUUUGCUUUGUAUUUUAUGUUACCAAGGAACUUUUCAGCUCACCUCUACAGGUUUAUUCUUAAAUGUAUUAAAACUACCAAUGGAAAGCAACUUUUCAUGUGUUUACACAAAGGAGUUGGUUAGGUGGUUAUAUUUUAGGUCUGUCGUUCUGAAGAUGAUGUAUCCAUGAUAAUGGCUGAAUUAAUAAGGAAUUUAAAAUGCCUGUUUUUUUUACUGUUGAUAAAUAAAGCCUGAUCUGCACACAGGAAUGUUCUAGAACAGAGAAGCGAAAGCAGUCUUUGUUAUCUCGGGCACAGGGCAGGCGGCGGGCGGUGCGGGGGCUGUACAGUCUGUGCUGAUGUGGCAUGCCUCUGGCGUUCGGUGUCCUCUUGUCUGUCAGGGUGUAAAAGAAAGGUCAUGAUAUCUUUGCACACCGCUUCUGCUCACAUUUUGUACAUGGAAAUGCAGAGAUUGGAUAAUUGGACAAGCUAUAGUAAUGAUUUGGCUUUUGAACAGAACUGAAAACGGGUGGGAAAAAAAACUUUUUCUAUGGUAGAUGGAGUGACCAGCUUGCAGUAUUGUUGGCGCUGACCUUACCACUUCCUGUUUUUCCUCUUUGCUGGUGAGACUGCAGGCAGCUAGGGAAGUCGGGGAGACGUAACAGACACAUGUCCACCAACCUCUCUUACCAGGUUGCCUGAUUUUGCUGCUGCAGGAAACGUCUGGAUAUUUCAUGGUCUUCACACCAGCAGUGCUGUGUCUCAUUUAAAAGCUGAAAAAGCUUGUGUUUUCCCUACACAAAACCAAGUACUUAAUUUAAAUGACUUUAAAAAGUAAAUAGACUUUACAUAUUUUGGAAUUUUCUCCUUCUUGGCAUAUAUCAGGUUAUAAUCAUAUAAGAAGACAAAAAUUUUAAAGAAGUGAUAGCUUUUAUGUCUAUUUUAUGUCUCGUAUACCAGAAACAGAAAUGGCUGCAAAAUUAUUCUAAAUAUGAAGAAAUGCAAAGUCAAUAAAAUAAUUAUAGGCACAUGAGGCUCUUCCAGGGAAAGAUUUGCUGAGGCCACCACCCCGAUUCUUAAGAAAAACCAGCCAGCCAAUGUGGAAACACCCGUGAGAUUAUUGGUCAUUUUCAGAAUACAGAUUACAUGAAUAUCAAGAACUGAAAGCAGUGGUUUCUUGGUCUUGGUCUUUCUUGGCUGGUGCACAAAAUCUACUGGACUGUCCUUUUCUGAUUGGCAUAAAUCUUGGAGUGUCACUUUUAAAUCAGUUCUCUACCAGUACAAAUGGGAAUUCUAGAAGUGCAGUGGUGAAUUUAUGUGUAUAAUUGUAAUUGCAGUUAUUUUACAAUAUAUCGCUGGGUGUCAUGCAGAAAUCUUGUAUGUCCAUUUCUUGUCGUGGAGUUUUUUCAUCCAUGUACUGUAAAUGUCAACUCAGCAACUAAUAAAGUUGGUGCAAAACUGAAAACAUGA